AUGAAUAAUCAUAUCAAUAUUUUGAUGCUCAUCUCUUUCUUAUUGAUAAUAAUAACCACUUUUUUUCCACAACUAUCCCACUCUCAAUCAGUCGAUGAUUAUUCCAUUUGUAGAGAUAUAAAUCAUUCCUACAACUGUGGCAAUCUAUCCAAAAUCUCGUAUCCAUUCUGGGGACAGAAUCGUCCUUUUCAAUGUGGCGCAGGAACCCCAUUUCACCUUUUUUGCUAUGAAAACAGCGUUACUACCAUUCUAUUAUCCUCACAGAAUUUCACAGUACUUGAAAUCAACACCACAACCUACACCAUCAAACUCAAAAGAACAGACCUUUCUCUAAAUCUUUGUUCUCCUCAAUUUGGUGAUACUUCUUUGUCUCCAACUCUGUUUCAAUAUCUCCCAAAAGUCAAAAACAUCACCAUAUACUAUAAUUGUACUUCCUCUCAAUUUUUUCCUAAAAAAUCUCUAUGUGGAGCUUCGAAUCAUGCUUUUUGUCCUGUUGGUGAUGAUGCAAAUAAGUUUCUUGAAGAAUCAAGAAAUUGCAACAGAUAUAUACAAGUGCCAGUAGGAGGAGAUUUUCCUAUAGAGAAUGGUUAUUAUCAUUAUGUAAAUAGUAAUGUUCUUGAAAAAGGUUUGGAUAAGGGGUUUGAUGUCAAAUAUAAUGUGAAUGAGGAAUGUUUACGAUGUUUGGGCAGUCAAGAAGGAGAUUGCGUGAGUGAUUACAUUGAAAAACAUGCAACAUCCUCUUGCUAUUAUGAUAAUUGUCCAGAUGGAUCUAUUGCUUUUUCCUCACAAUGUUCUUCUCAACACAAAAGUAAGCUGCUGCGCUGGCAUGGGAAAAUGAAAACCAUUCUAGGUUUUUGGUUGUUGAUGCAGGUCUUGUUUUGA